GACAGUAUUUUGGAGGCGGUGCGUUUUGGUGCGUUUCGCUUAAGAGCCUUGGAGGCGCCACCAGCAACAUGGCGGCGCCCAAGGAGUUUUGUUUUUCGUAGUUUCGAUGGAUCGUACAAGUAUUGCCAUUUAUCCUGUGUUCGUGCAAGUAGUCCUUUAAUACGUCGCAUUACCAACACUAUGAGGCAUUGCACAAAUCGAUAGGCACAUCUGCGCUUUGAUCAGUCACGAGAAGUCAAAACUCGCCGCACAUCCACGACAGCUUAUUCUAAGACAAGGUGGCAUCAUCAUGACGGACGGUCCUCUGCACAGCCUCGAAGGCUGGGUGGCAGUCCGAAAAGGCAUCUUUGAGCCAAAAGAACAUACCUCCAAGGGCAACAAGCAUCGAUUCUGUGUAGCAUGGAACCCAGUGGAACAUCAGUUUGCCAUCACAUGCUCAGAAGGGGAAAGACGAGCGAGCGACCGAGAGUGCCGUUCUCGUGCCGUGCUCGCAUCUCCCGAUAUGUUACGUGAUGUGCAUUUUCAACUGUGCCUAGUGCAUCCAACGUUGGAGACCAGCUUUCCAUUCUGUUCCACAAGGCCGAAGAGCCCCGGGGUAUUUUUUGGGACUCUCCUCAGGAGAAAUGGGGUUAGUGAAGACAAUUUUUGUGACGACGACGGUGUGUGCGAAGCUCUGGAAAAAUAUCUACAGAGGGCUUUGGAUGUGAGCGGGAAGAAACUGUUGUUUGCUGUGUUGUUCGGUGAGGAAGACUACUUAACAGACUAUGAAGAAGACAUCCAGGAACUCCGUUUCCGUGCCGUGGAACAAACUCUGGACCGUGCAAAGAGUGAGCUCGCUGGAGUCCAAGCACUCCGGGACAGAGCGGAGACGAUGUUGGAGCUGUCCACCGUCUACGCACUGGAAGAUGAAGUCGUCACCAAUGUUUCUCUCGCCCUAGCUGAGGUCUACAACUUUCAGCUGGGCCCUUUCCUUGAGCUGAGAGAAGUUGCCAAUGAGAGGAUGAAAGCUCUGAGAGAAAGGGCUUCAGAUGAGACCCUUGGGGAGAGGGUUCGCAGUGCAGCACGGGCUAAAGCAAACGAGUGGGAAUCCCAAGUGCAGGCUGCUUCAGAGGCAGUGAACCAGCUUUACCAGGACUACUAUCGCAGCACCGUAGAUUUAGUCUCUGGACAGCGCGAUCGGAUGUUGGAAGAUCAAAGACGUUUCGGCCGUUCCACCUUCGAGCUGCGGGCCCACUCCCGCCUGCAGAAACUGGAAGUGUUUUUCUCCCAGGAAAGGCUCAAGCUGCUCGGUGCAGUACGUUCUACGAGAGAGCUGCAGCUGGAAAAAAUUGUACAUGCACACAAGGAGCUGAUGUCGACCAGUGGCAAAAGCAAAGCUCAGUCCGACCAACUUGCUGAGCUUGAAAAUGAGAUUGGAGAGACACAACUUUCUAUUUAUGAUAUACGGCUAGAGGCAUUACAGGAAGAGGAGAAGCUCUUGCAGAAGCAGAAAGAGAUACUUGACCGGGCUUGGCAAGAGGAAGCAGACGAAGGGAUCUUUUACGAUGCCGUUGAAGAUGUUGAUCAGCUUGAAGACGAUAUUGAUGGUGAGAGCUCUGCCAACAUGUCGAAAGCGGACAAGUUGAAAAUGAGGCUCAACAGAGUUUACAGGCGUCGAGCAAUUCUCAGAAACAAAAGGAAAGUAUGCGUUGCCGAGUUGAAACAGAAGAAACUGAAACAGAAGGACAGGCAGGUGGCACAAGAAAAGGAACAACAACAUGCUAGGCGUCAGAAACAGCAGAAACUGCAUGAGCUGGAUCCAGACCGGGUCGCAUCAGAACGUCGGAGGACACUUCAAAGACUGAGAGAGUAUAAACAGAAAUAUCAAAACUCUGAGCAGCUUGAAUGUGAUGAAGAUGCCGCGGUAGAUGCUCCAAGUUUGGCAAGUGGAUCCUUUGCACCACAAAGGCCAACAAGAAAACCCGUACCCAAAGCUGCAAAAGGUUCACCUGCAAAACUCAGUGUCUUCGUUCCUCCCGUUCAGUCUCCACCUCCUCCGCCUCCUCCACCACCACCGCCUUCUCUUCCUCCUCCACCCCCGCCUUCUCUUCCUCCUCCACCCCCUCCACCCCCACCUCCACCAAUGGACUUCAAUGUGUCGAGCUUACUCCAGAGUCAGCUUUCAAAGCAGUUGAGUAACGGUGUGAAGCUCAACGAUGCAUCAAAGGCAGCUAAGCCGAAACCAGCACAGAAUGGUGGCCUUCCAGGACUGGACUUUUCUGAGUUGUUGGCGGCACGGUCUAAGCUGAGGAAAGCUCCCCAGGUCCCAGACGACACUGUAACAAGUAUGAAGGGUGGAGGAAAUGACUUUUCAAGAAUGCUCAAUGCAACGCUAAAGAAGAUCCACAUGGCCAAUCAUAGCCCUGAAGAAUCGGAACAUAGUGGGAGUGACUUUGAGUGAUCUUGAGCAGCAGUUGUGUAAUGGACAUUUUUGGUACGCACGUGAACUAGGACUAGACUUGGCAGGACAGGAAGGAGUCAGCCGUAGUCCAUCAACCUUGGAAAGUAAUAGGGGCAAAUUACAUCCCAUGAUGUUGCUCAUACAGAAGUUAAAAAAACUCGAAGGCACAUACUCUCCCUCUCCUUUUCCACGUGUCUGCUGGGAGAGUGCUCAGAAGAUGCAGGAGUAUCCAGCCUGCGACACUGACACCUCAGUCGAAUCCCGAGUUUAAUCAUACUACUCUGUUCCUGUUCCAUCCAUGACAUGCAGAUGGUAAAGCUGGGGCAGAAGCUGGGGCAGAAGCACCAGAAUUUAUGUUUGGAAAUACCGUCCAAACGGAACACUUCUUGAAUAAUGCUUGAGGACUACCAUUCGUGUAUGCCAGAAGUGUACCGUAAUUUCACGCGAAUAAGCCGCAGGACCCAUUUUUAGGAAUGUUUCGUAAAUUUUAGGGCAAAUAAGCCGCACUCGCAGAUAAGCUGCGGGCAAUACGACGCAACUGAUUUGUGCAACAAAGGAGACCAUAGAGAAAGCCAUCAACCCUGUGGUCCAUACUCCGGGGUUGGUAUGGUGUACAACAAAGGAGGUCAGUUCUAGUGUUCUACCAAGAUCGGAUUGUGCCCAUGUUGUGUGUUUUUCAUGGAUCGACAGCUCAGUGGCCUUCCAGAAGACAUGAAUCACUGUCACAACUUUCGUUAAAGCUGCUUGGGGGAAGGCACCAGGAAGGUCAGUCCUUUUGAUGAAACCUGCGUAUGGAGAAAACACCAGGGAAAAAUAGUCAUCAGAUAAGCCGCAGAGCAUGUGUGAGAAGAAAAAAAGCGUGCAUAAGCCGUGGCUAAUGCAUGUGAAAUUACGGUACUUGUCACAUCAGCAUGGUGAUUUCAAGGACUGCUUCGGCUUAAUCGCUUUGUGACGGGUAAAUUCUAAAAGCAUGCAACACGAUUUUACCAAAGCUCUAGGUGAAAUAGAGUUGUCAACUGUUUUUUCAUAGUUCUAUUAGCAGUAGGGUCAGCCAGAAGUAUCAAGCAGUCAGGAUUAUUUGCCAGUGAGGAUUGCGCGCUCAGCCUCCGUAAGCAUGGUGCAGUGCUUCUGCGCAUGCACUCUCAGUUUGACCACUGACGAAACAGCCUCGGAUGUUGGGCUCAGUUCUUCAUCACCUCCAGUUUUCUGGAGGUAGUGCGUGUAACAAGAGGGAGCUGUAAUGCACAUGAAAAAUCAAGCUGUUCUUUUAAUAAACACUCCAAGAGUGGAAAUACAGUAGAAUCUCAAUGAUGCGAUCACGGAUGAUCGAAUUUCGGGAUUAUACAAAUUAUGUUCCUGACCCGGCCGAAAUGCCUAUUCUUCCCAGGUAUUGCUAAGUGGCUGCAGUUUGCCUGCAUAAAGAGAGUCAAGGAUAGUCAAUGAGUAGCAUGUGACUACUGCGUGAAACGUAGUCAUGGCACACCUGCAGUCAAACUGCAACAUGAGCAAUCUCAGUGGUGCAGAAGACAAUGGAUAUGCUGUUCUUUUUGCUUUUCGGGUGUGUAGGUUGUAAUGGUGACCAACAGACGGUUUCCAUGACAACAGAGCCUGCUCCUGUUAUUGAUAUGCAUAUUUUAUUUUGUACACUCGUCAGCACACGGAGUCAACCUCUGCACAGUGUCAUGUACAUAGAAUAGUGUGUGCUUUGAAAGCUGUUCUGAUUAGGUAGCUUGGCACAUUUUAGUGUAGUACUUAUUUAUAAGGUCGGACAUAUCAGGUAGAGGAGGUUUCCACCUGAUAUCUACCGCCUGAAUUGAUUUUACGACUCUCGUGCAGCAAAAAGAACCGGUAUGAACCAAUAUGUUAUAUCCAGCAGCUCCUUCUUGCAGCAUAUGGGCACCUGGUAGGUUUGCAACAAAUCCUACUGUAUGGUGGAGGCUAUCUUUUUUGGGCACCUAAUGUGGCUACCGCAGCAUUGACCCUAUACUUUGUUUUAUUUGACCAGAUGACACCCGAAUACAUAGAUAGCACCAAGGAUCCUUUUGAUAGACGAUACUUAAAAGGCGAAUAGGACCUUCUCUUGGUGGUAGAAUAUUUGUGAGUGCUGUGCAAUACUGUUUGUGACGAAUAUGUAUCUGUGCUUGAACACUUAAAGCAGCUGAACUUGUUCACUGAAACAGAUAGGACACGUUUGCUACUGCUGACUGUGAUAACUAUUGCUUUUGCCAAUAUAGGCAGUGCCUCAUGUAACAGACCGAUUGUGCUUGUUUGUGUCACGUAUGAUAUUUUAUGCUGCUUGGCUCUAUAGUAAAGGCCUGUUACAAACCUGG